CAAAAUACCAGAAAGGAAUUUUUCUAUUCCAUUAGAUAAAUCUGCAUUCCCAAACAACCGGAUUAUUAUUCUUGACAACACUCAGAAUUUACCAAGAAAUUUCCGCAUAUCUCAGAGGGCUCUCGGGUGCUUCAAGGUUUCAGUGUGCCAAGUGAAGCAAGGUUAAAACGACCAUGUGGACGAGUAUCAUAUUAUCAGUGCUUCUUCUGCAUUGCCUGGUUGCAUUGCCAGCUCCUGAACCGAAAGACCUGGAUUCUUGGAGUGCGGAUACAGCCUGUCAGGAAGUCGAUAAAUCGGUCAUGAUUGAAAACCAAAACGAUUCCACAUGCGUCACCUUUGUGUAUUGUUAUAUAGUUAAUGACGCAAGGAGAGCACUAGUUAAAAGCUGCAAAAGCGGACAGUAUUUUGAUUCUGAACUUAAAGUAUGCAGUACCAAUAAACAGGAAGGAUGUGAAUAA